AUGACACCAGAUUUCGAACAAAAAGAUCCAGAUUUUUAUAAACAGAAUUAUGUAAAUGGAGUUUAUUUAAAUUAUGCUAGUCCCGAACAACCUAUUCCAAAAAGGAAUAGUAGUAACGCUAGUUUCGAAACAAUGUGUUAG